AUGUCAUCACAACCUCUGGUCGAAAUGAGUGAGGAAAAGAAGGGGGAUGAGAACAAUGGCUUGAAGAAUGCCGCGGCAUACUUUUCAGGCUUUGCCAUAUACCUGUUUUCGCACUUUUCCAUAUCUGCUGGUAACUUUGCAGCCUCAAGGUUUCGAAUUCCGUCCAGUCUUGUUGGUCUCUACAUCAAUAGGUUCAUCAUCUCGUACAGGAUAUCAACCUUUGCAGGGAACACAUUGAUGACCAUUUAUGACAUUGGUGUAGGAAAACAUAUGGAUAAGGUUUCUACAGUGUUACGUUGGUCAGAUGCAAUGACAUAUGUCCUUGCCUUGUUUAUAUUCUGGAUGGGUGGUGAACAGGGUUACAUUACGUUUUAUUACUGGUUUACAGUUACCGUAGGAUUAUUGAAUGGUCUGUCUUUUGUAAGUAACAUAAAGGUUGGAUCCAAACAAAUGUCUUAUUUUCUUGUUUCUUUUCCUACGUCUGGUAUUUUUGUGUCCUUGUUUCACAUUAUAUUUCUGGAGAUAUUUAACCGUUUCAGACUAUCCAAUACAUACUAUUGGUUAAUUGUAUGGCAAAAGAUACUCUCAAUAGUUAUAGCUGUUGUUUCUGCAAUUCUUUGGUCCGCAGCGUAUAAUGGUACUGCUACUACCCCUGGCGGAGGCGGGGGUGUGGGUGAUGGCGGUGAAGACAAACUUAAACUGAGUGGAGCAUUGUCACCAAUCCUCAUGAUUGCAUUAGGAUACAGUCUCCAAAAUGCCUUUUACCCUGCCGUUGCACCUUACAAGCUUAUCGGAGCUGAAAGAGGGUAUAAAAUUGGGAUGGCAGUUUUAAUCAUCAGUGCCAUACCACCUCUCACAAUAGUGGCUUUAAAAAAAUGUAGUAUAUCUCCCAGUACGAAAUGGACUGGAGGCGACCAAUAUUGGCAUUGUGCAUGGGUUUUUUUCGUUGUGGAGAUAACAUGUGCACUCUUAUUCCUCAUAGGUCUGCAUUAUCCCUACUGCUCUAUAUCACACCAGUUGAGAAACAACAUCUGGGUUCUUGCUGUUUUUACUAUAUCAUAUGAUUUAUCAGCACAAGUAUUGAGAGUUGUAGGAUCUAACGGAGCGAGUUGGCAGGCAGAACAAAGAAAGAAUAACUCAAAGGUGGACACAUUUGCAACCUGCCUUUACUCCUUCACACAGGUCGUUUUCGCCUUCAUGGGCGAUGGAUACCUCAGGGUAUAUUCACAGUAUGAAAGUGACCUGAAUAGCUGGCCUACAGAACACUAUGGCAGACUCAGAUCCUUUUGGUUCUGGUACUGGAAUACUACAAAAGUAGCAUGCAAAGCCAUGAAAAGCGCUUUUACUAGAAAUGUUAGAGCUGAGAUUCAGACUAACAAGGAGUUUCUCUUUAUUGUUUAUGAAGAUGCUCCACCUGAGGGUGAUCCCUUCUUUGACCUUCCAUUUAUCAAGAAGAAAUCCUCUAAAGAUAAUUGCAGAUUAGAGAGGACAUACAUUUUUCACUAA